AUGGAAGAUUUGAGCCUGUCUAGCGGUGUUGAUGCAGACAAAGGCUUUGCCAUUGCUUUUAUAAUUCUCCUGUUUCUCUUCCUAAUAAUGAUGAUCUUUCGGUGUGCCAAGUUGGUGAGGAAUCCCUAUGAGGCCAGCUCCAUAAUCAUAGAACCAUCUCUGUCUGGACUGAAUUAUGAAAAAGCCUGA